GCGAUAUAAAACCGGUGGAAAUUCAAAAUCGUACCAAGUUUUUAGGCGACAUCAACAGGUCAAGAGGUCCACUGCUAUUGACUAUUUUGUCCUUUUGGCUCCAAACAGCAACAAUAUGGCCCAAACCAUACAAAUGACCAACGAGCAGCUGCGCGAGCUCAUCGAGACUGUGCGUUCCUCUGCUGUAACUGCAGCUGGGAGUGCUGUUGGGGUCGCCUCCAGCUCGAAGUCAAAGAGCAGCUUCAGCGCCUGCACGCACUGGUUUAGCGGUGCACGUAGUCACGACGAGGUUGAGCAGUUCAUCACAAACAUUGUCACUUACAAGGAGCUGGAAGAGAUUAGCGAUGAGAACGCCCUAAAGGGCGUACCCCUGCUCUUCUACGGCUUGGCAUCCACCUGGUGGCAGGGUGUACGCAAGGAGGCGAAAUGCUGGAACGACGUCAUCGACCUCAUCCGCGAACACUUCUCGCCCGCCAAGCCCGCCUACCAAGUGUACAUGGAGUUCUUCGAGAAGAAGCAGGAGGACGGCGUUGCCAUUGACACAUUUGUGGUCGAGAAGCGCGCUCUGCUCGCCCAACUGCCCGAGGGCCGUCACAACGAGGAGACAGAGCUGGAUUUCCUGUACGGGCUUCUGAACAUCAAGUACCGCAAGCACAUUGCACGGCAAAGUGUACCAACAUUCCGCGAUCUGCUUGAACAAGGCCGCGUCAUCGAACACAAUAAUCAGGAGGAAAACCAACAGAAAACCUCACGAAAACGUCCACUUCCAGAAUGCUGGGAUACCGUUAAAAAUGUUGGCAGAGGUCGUGGUGGAGCUAGGGGCAGAGGCCGGGGCCGGGGUAGGAACACUGCUGUACAAGAAUCUGAGAACAAUAACAGCGGCAUGGCCGGAGAAAUCUGAAACAAUAAAUAAUUUAA